AUGCGAGAUGCAGCUCGUGCAGCCUGUGUGUCCAGGAGAUUCCUAGGAUUUUGGAGUUGCUACCCAAACCUGGUAUUCAGUCAAGAAAGUCUGGCCGCACGCAAACAACCACUGUUGUGGAGUAAUGAACAUAGAGGUCAGUACGUUAUCAGAACAACAAAACAGGUUCUUGGGAACCACUCCGGCAUUGGAGUGAAGACGCUCGAGCUUAAGCUCUCAUCUUGUAACAAGGAUGACAUCAGCAGCAGCCUUCUGGAUGCCUGGCUCCAAGCCUUCGUCAAGCCCGGAAUCUCUGAGCUCGUUGUGUUGCUGCCGGAGUGUGAUGCACCUGAUCAUCAAUAUAACUUUCCCUACUCGCUUCUAUAUGAUGAAACUGGGAGCAGUUUAAACUCAAUUCAGUCUCUUUGCCUCGCCUCAUGUGGUUUUCAUCCCAUAAAAGGUCCAAGGAUGCUUGGUUGCUCGAGGAGCUUGACAAAAGUGUGCUUGCAAAAAGUUGGCGUAACUGGAAACGAAUUAGGCAUUUUUCUUUCCAUCUGCAUCGCUCUGGAAAGGCUGAAUCUCUCCAACUGUAGCAUGAUAACUUCAUUGAAAAUACCUUGUGUUCUACAAAAUCUCAGGGUCCUGCGACUACGAUUGUGCAGCGCUCUGCAGACUGUCGAGAGCGAUGCUCCGAAUCUCUCCACCAUCAGGUACGAAGGAUGCUGCCCUUUGCUGAAAUUCUCACUUGGAGACUCAUUGGAGACAAAGGGGCUGAAGAUGCAUGCCACAGGCAUGGAAGAUAUGAUUCAGUAUACAGGCAGCAAUCUUCCCUCCAUUGCGCCAAAUCUUGAAACGCUUGUUCUGUCAACAGUUGAUGAGAAGUUAAAAGCGCCGGUGAUGAAUGAUAAAUUUAAACACCUCAAGCAUCUUGUUAUCAGCCUUGGCAAAUGGGGUCGAUUCUGCGCAGGCUAUGACUUCUUUUCUCUGGCUUGUUUUCUUGAUGCUUGUAUUGCCUUGGAGACUUUCAUCUUACGUAUUGAAGAUGGUUUCAUAUGGUACAAGAGGUACCUUGUUGUCGGGAAACCGGACGAAAAUUCAUUGCAAUCCAUGGAGGAGAUCCCGGAACUCCGCCAUGGUGGCCUUGGAAACUUGAGGAAGGCAACCAUCACUGGCUUCUGCUCUGCCAAGAGCCUGGUUAAGCUGACAUGCCACAUCCUUGAGAGAGCAUCGUCGCUUCAAUGCCUCUUGCUGGACACCUCUCCCGGCUACGACAGGAAGGGUUCCUCCACGGACAGGUGCUGGCCGAUGUGCCUGGAGGCUCUCCGGGAUGCCGAGAGGGCGCUUUCCAACGUGAGGGAAUACGUCGAGCCAAAAGUCCCCGCAGGCGUUGAGCUGAAGGUUCUUGGGCCCUGCAGCCGAUGCCAUGCCAUGGAUGCCAAGGCUAUGGAGGAGGCAGAAUCGAGAAUUCCACGAGGUUGUUUUCAGUAUCAGGAAGACGGCAGCCUUGCCUUGGUUUUUGUCCAGCCUCGGAGCUAA